AGGCGGUAGUGGCGCUGCGGCGGGGGUGCGGCCGGGGCCGGAGCCCUGCCCGCAUCCCGGCGGCGGGGUGGGCGGGCGAGCAGCGGGCGAGGCCGCGCCUGCAAGCGCGGCGCAGCCCCGGCAUAGCCCGGAGCUACGGUUGCCGGCCACGCCAUUGUUGGGGGAGGGGGUGACUGCCGAACGCGGCGGAGUCGGUGGGCGACCGCUGGCGGCGGCGACAGCGAGAAGUGGAGGCGCCCCAUGGGGAACACGCUGACCUGUUGCGUGUCCCCCAAUGCCAGCCCCAAGCUGGGCCGGCGCGCGGGGCCGGCGGAGCCAGACUACGAGUCUGAGAGCUACCAGGCGGCGGCCGGGGAGGCGGUGGCAGCAGCGCCGGCGCCGGCGGCCGCAGAGCCCGCGGAGCUGGAUUUCGGAGCCGGCGAGGGCCAUCACCUGCAGCACAUCAGCGACCGCGAGAUGCCCGAAGACUUAGCUUUGGAAUCAAACCCUUCUGACCAUCCAAGGGCAAGCACAAUUUUCCUGAGCAAAUCUCAAACUGAUGUGCGAGAAAAGAGGAAGAGCAACCAUUUAAACCAUGUAUCUCCAGGGCAGCUUACUAAAAAGUAUAGCUCAUGCUCAACAAUAUUUCUAGAUGACAGCACAGUCAGCCAGCCUAAUCUUAGAACCACAAUAAAAUGUGUGACCUUAGCAAUAUAUUACCACAUAAAGAACAGAGAUGCAGAUAGAUCCUUGGAUAUUUUUGAUGAGAGAUCACAUCCACUCACACGAGAAAAGGUUCCAGAGGAAUACUUUAAGCAUGACCCUGAGCACAAAUUUAUUUACAGAUUUGUUCGUACUCUUUUUAGUGCUGCACAGCUGACAGCUGAAUGUGCAAUAGUAACUUUGGUUUACUUAGAAAGGCUUUUAACUUAUGCUGAGAUCGACAUUUGUCCCACUAACUGGAAAAGAAUUGUUUUGGGAGCCAUUCUUCUUGCCUCCAAGGUUUGGGAUGAUCAGGCUGUAUGGAAUGUGGACUACUGCCAGAUCCUCAAGGACAUUACAGUUGAGGACAUGAAUGAGAUGGAACGGCAAUUUUUGGAGCUACUUCAGUUUAAUAUUAAUGUUCCUGCCAGUGUUUAUGCCAAAUACUACUUUGACCUUCGCUCCUUAGCAGAUGAUAACAACCUGAAUUUUCUAUUUGCUCCUCUUAGCAAAGAAAGAGCACAGAACCUAGAGGCCAUUUCCAGAUUGUGUGAAGACAAAUACAAAGACUUGUGUAGAGCUGCUAUGAGAAGGUCUUUCAGCGCUGAAAACGUCAUUGGUGUUCGGCACUCUAAUGCCAUCCUCUCUUAAGGGAGAAGUAAGGGGUUGUAACGUCUCAAACCCCACAUCUACAAGACUGUGGAAAUGUCACCUCUCCUGCUCAAAAACCAGCAAAAAUAGUAUUUUCACCUAAAAGAAAGACCUCUAAUUCAAGAGACUGUUGGACAGGAAGCACUGUGUUCACAGGAAAGAAUGGGACCUUGUCAAUGCAACACACUCUUCUGUCCUUUUUAAUGUAAACAGAGUUACAAAAACCACUCCAGAGUGAUAGCUCCCAACCCACACACAGAUAUUUGCUUACUAUGUAGGCUGAUAACUGUGAACCAUAUGAGGUUUUUUUAAUUAAUAGUUUAAAUUUUUAGACUUUGAAAACACUAACUAUAUAACUUCUAUGUUUUUCCUAUUUUUCUUGCCCCUGUUCAUUUCUAUUUUCCUAUUUUAUUUGCCCCACCCCAGUAUUGCUGCAUAUUCCUAUAGAAUCAAUGCAGUAUUACCAUUAAAAACAUGGGACUCCUAAUAACUCAUGAAGCCACUUAGGAACAGACAGUAGCAUUGUUAGGAAUUGAAGAGUUUUUCCUCCCUAUUAUAUCAUCAAAGCUGCCAGUCAUUAUUAGCAAUCAGUUUAAACCAAAAAGCUGCUGAAUAAACACUUGUCAUUCAGAUUCUUUGCAAGCACUACUUAUUUGCCUAUUGCCAAGUUUGGGAUCAUAAACAGAAAGUAUCAGUUAUUGUCUGCUUUUGGGUCCAUGCUACAUUUUUUGUGAACUAUAAUGGUGCUUCUCAUUUUCUGAUGAUUUUCCUCUCUGUUAAAUACAUGUAUUAAGAGCUAUUUUUGUGAUUCCAACCAACAUGGUAGUCCAACAGUAACGAGCAGGUAGUGAAAUAGAAGGUGUCCUGCCAAGUCUCAGUGAAAUUUUAAGCUUUAAUAUAUAUAUGAUGUGCUUGGGCCCUUCAGGCAUUGCUGAAGAAGUACAAAUGCUACAACUUAGAAAACAUCACUGCAAAGGUUAGUUACAUUUCUUUUAAACUUACUUGGUUUUGUAAAUUUUAAACACUAAGCUUUCAAUUUUAACUUUUUGUUUCAGUCCCUCUUCAAGAUGGCAAACAUGGGCUGAAACAAAAUUAAAAUUACGAGCUUAAUAUUUAAAAUUUACAAAACUAAGUUAAAAGAAAUGUAACUAACCUUUCCAGUGAUGUUUUGUAAGUUUGUAGCAUUUGUACUUCCCCAAGUCUCAGAACUCAUACCCUACUAGUAAGCCUCUAGGGAUACCUUCUGUCUUUAUGGGCAUGCCCAUAGGCAGGCUGUUUACCUACUUUUAUCGCCUAAGUUUACUUUUUCUACAUCUGGUAAAGGAAGAUUAUGAAGAGCAGUGUUAAUUCACAUGUAAUAAAUUGAAAGGAACUGGAUCCUAGUAGCAGUGACAUGAGAGUAGAUGAUAUGAAACAGCUUUUCUAUCCUAUGUGUCAACCUGGUUGUGGGCAUCUCACUGUGGGCUUUUUAAGAGGAGACAUAAACCUUAGGAACCUUUACCUCAUGCUUUAAAGGACAGAGAGUAAGUAAUCACAUUUUUAGGAGAUAGGUAGCAUCACCAAAUUUGAAAUAGUAAAAAAAGAUUAGUGUUCUCACUAUAUAAAACUUUUCUCCUAACUUCUCCAAUGUAAUCCUAGGAAUUUUGCGUACUGUAAACAAAGCAUUUCUGGGCCAGGAAUACUUUUUCAGUAUAGCAAGGCUUCACAUUGUAUUGAGUGCUGCAGGUUCCAUCAUUUUUAAAGGACAGAGACAUAAAUGGCAAUGAUAUAUAAAAUAUUACAAUCUACCACCUCAAAAAACAUUCUUUAUGGAGUUCAGAGCCUGGAGAUUCAAAUAUUGAUUGCAGUUUUAUUUUGAAAACAAUGCUACAACUUAUUUGGUUUUUCUUCCUCAUGUUUAUAUUAAAAGAAAAGCUAAUAAACUCUAUUUUAAUUAAAAUAUGGUUAGAAUGUUUGUAACACUUUUCUUGAUUCACUUAGCAUUACAUCUCUGCCUAACUUUUUUCAGUAAGCUAAUGAUACAUGACCAUUUAUGAGUUGGUUUGACCACUACUAAAAUGUAGUGAUUUAUUUCUUUGGUAAUGCUCUCUUCAAUGAAAAUAAUUUAGUAUGCUUAAAAUCACUGGCCACAGUACUUAGGGGCAUAGUGCAUUAAUUAGAUGGCAUCUUUGAAUAGUCAUUAUUGUGCCAAGAUAAAAUUAGGUAGACUAUGCCAGGAGAGGAAUUACAGGAAUACUGUGGAAUCAGAAUGUGAGUAUUUGAGGAUUUUAAGUAGUUACACAGGAAAGAAAAUGGAAGAUCAGGGAACUAGAAUUAUGGCUGCUGUGAAGAGAAGCAAGUCACAUAAUUUGACUUUAAAAUGCUGUCUUCAAACUUACAUUUCCAUUAGAAAUAUACCAAAUUUCUGUAGGUUUCUUUAAAUCUAAAGCCAUAGUCACUCAGCUUGCGUAACAGUAAAUCCUGACAGUAUUGCUGUAUUUUCAUCCACAUUAAUUUACUACCUAAGGUCAAAACUUUAAGUGAUCACUUUAUUCUUAAUAAGUUUCUGACUAGGACAAAUGAUUGAAUUUAGUUUAGAAGGAAAAAAAAAUCACAAACCACUCAUUUAUAAGAUAGUUUGCACCCUAUAGUAAUAUGCUAGUUACUAAGUAGAAAUGUUGAUAUAUAUGAGUAGUCAGAGGUUAGAAAAAACAUUUGGGAAGGGACACUGGACAUGACUCUAGCUUAAAAACAAGUUGGUAGGAUAAGCAGAAUCACUAGCAAUUGCUCUUUUCCCCUUUAGCUUCAAUGCUAGAAAGCAAUACAGCCAUUAUGAUAAAUGGGAAAUUGAGUCAACCUUGGGUAAAAAUGUAAACAUUACUAAAAAUAGGUUCUUUGACAAAUGUCCUGGGGCAUGGGAACUAUAGGGUGGUAACUGGCACUUUUCUCAGGGUUUUAUACUUAGGAAGGGCUUGUUCCCUAAAGUAGUAAGACUAUAAAAGACUAUCUGACAUUGCUUCAGUUCAAAAUUUACUUUCAUUUUUAGUUUUUCUCCUCAAUGAAAUUUUAACUGGCAUAUUGUGAACUGAAAAUUUUUAAGUAUUGUUUCUUUAUAAGGAAAAGACAGGUCUGAAAUACAUGUUUAGAUCAAAUUAAAUUGCCACUUUUAUAGAUUAAAAGUGGUUGCCUAUCAUAAUUUCAUAUGGUUCACCCUAAAACAACUAUAUAGGGUCCAGUGUUUCUGGUCAGAGAACAGUGGCCCUUUCACAUUUACUUUUACUGGAUCCCAAAUGCCCAGACAUUACUGAAAUCCAACAGGAGUGAAUCCUGGUUUUAUGACAGCUCAAGGUUCAUUUUCAUUUCUUGAUUUAGUUUCCCUAUAACUAUAAAUACUCUAUUCCUGGAUUUUAAAAGUGCCGAAGCCAGUACUUUCUGGAAAACAAUUCACCCUGUAUUCAGGUUAUGCAAUGUUUUUGGAAAAGUAGCUACAGCUUGUAGGCUAGCUCAAAUCUUUCAUCACCCAAGCCUUCUAACCACAUAUAAAAUGACUAUGACUGUUCCCUUACCCAGAAGCUGCAUUCUUGACUACAGAACUACUUGGAAAAGCACUUGACACCUGGCAGAGACUCUCCCAGUGAAUCAUGAAACAACCACAGGAUCGGCAGGAUAAACCUAUGAAGUAUAUCCAAGUAAGACAUGUUUUCAUUAGUUCUGCUUCUGGCAAAUGGAAUUUGUUUGAUCAUCUUAGUAAUAAAAACAUUGCCACUUAUAUUUUAAGUACAUCGGAGAAAUUUGAUCAUGAAGUUAGAAUCCACAUAUUUCCUCAUACUCUUAGAAAGCAGUGUGUGUCUCCAUGAAGGUGUGAGGAGAAAAAAAACGUCUACAGCAUCUUUUUAUUUUCUUUAUCAUUGCUUUAAUGCACUUUAAAAUUUAUCUACAGUAAGUGGGAACAAAGAAACAAAAAUAGACAUUUCUUUGUCAUAAAUAACUACUCUGUAUUUGAUAAAAAUCUCAAAUCAUUAUUUUACCUUCCCACAAAUACAUACAAAUUUUUUUCUGAAAUAAUGUCAGCAAAUUAAGUAUUUGAGACUAACAUAACCAACCACAACUGCUGUUCUACUCAUUCCCAGGAACAAA